AUGCGAAUCAAAAAUAAGCCAAUAACGAGAUGUAAUGGCGAUGAAAAACUUCGGCCGAAAGUAAAGACACUUUUUGAUAAAGGUCGACUCUGGAUAGCUUGUUUAUUAGUUUAUGGCUUUUUUAAAAUGAUGUACAUGAUUAUUAUGUCUAAGAUUUGGUAUCCAAGAGCUUUCUGCAGAGCCGCAAAAUUAAUGGAUAAAGUUGUUGAAGAUGCUCGCCAACGAUCUAAACUAUCAAAAUGGCAGGUGAUGACAAGGAACUUUUUCAAUAAACAAAAUUUACUAUCAUUAGCUACGGAUCCUGAUCAAGUUGCCAUCUUUGGCCGACUAUCAGUUGGCGAUUUAGCACCACCUGGUGUCUUAUAUACAUUAGAUAAAGAAGUAUACAAUUUUCAUCAGAUAUUUCAACAAUCGCCUAUGAAUAUCUUUGUCUUAAAUUUCGCUGAAUUUAUUACUAUUUAUAUCGCCGAAGCGCAUACUACUGAUGACUGGUAUAUACCUGAUUUGAAUGAUGGAGCUGGAUUAUGCUUUCAUGCGCCAGAUACGCUAGACGAUAAAAUACGAUUAGCCAACAAUUUUAGAAAUGAUUUCUGUUACAAGUUACCUUUUUAUGUCGAUUCAAUGCAGAAUGAUUCGAUGAGAGCUUAUUCAGCCAAACCAGAGCGGAUAUAUAUUGUUAAGGACGGCAGGAUUGCCUUCAAAGGUGGUCCAGGUCCAUUUAGUUAUGCACUUGAUGAAAUAGAUGAUGCUUUACGCAAGCUUUAA